UUGUGUUUACUAACAAAAUGAAUAUCAAGUCUUUUAUCUUCUUGUGUUCUCUUUCUGCUGUGGUUUUCAUAUCUACGGUGUUGGCUGAUAGACUAUCUGAAGAUGAGAUCAGAGUUGCUCGUGGAACUCAUGAAAGUCAUGUGGUGUGUGAUCGCAAGAAAGAAAAUUCUUUUAAUGGUGAAAAGUUGAACAUAGAAGCUUAUCAUACAAAUUGCAAAGGAAAUACAGGAGGUAGUGGCGGAUAUGGUGGCGGUAGUGGUGGUGGUGGCGGCGGAGGAGGCGGAGGCAGUGGUGGAAGUGGAGAAGGGGGUUAUGGUGGUGGUGGGAGUGUAGGAUCAGGUGGUGGAAGCGGAGGAAGUGGUAGUGAAGGUGGUGGAAGUGGUGGAGGGGGUUAUGGAAGUGGAGGAAGUGGAGGAGGUGGUAGUGAAGGUGGAGGUGGAGGAAGUAGUGGUGGAAGUGGUGGUGGUGGUGGAGGUGGAGGUGGUUAUAGCGGCGGUGGUGGAAGCGGGAGUGGAGGAAGUGGUGGUGAAGCUGGAGGAAGCGGUGGAGGUGAUUAUAGUGGUGGUGGAAGCAGUGGGGGAAGUGGUGGUGGAGGCGGAGGUGAAAGUGGUGGUGGUAGCGGAGGUGGAAGUGGUGGAGGUGGUUAUGGCGGCGGUGGUGGAAGUGGUGGAGGAAGCGAAGGUGGAGUUGGUGGCGGAAGUGGUGGAGGUGGUGGUGGAAGUGAAGGAGGAAGUGGUGGAGGUGGUGGAAGUGGAGGAGGUGAUGGUGAAGCUGGAGGAAGCGGUGGAGGUGGAUAUAGUGGUGGUGGAAGCAGUGGGGGAAGUGGUGGUGGAGGCGGAGGUGAGAGUGGUGGUGGUAGCGGAGGUGGAAGUGGUGGAGGUGGUUAUGGCGGCGGUGGUGGAAGUGGUGGAGGUGGUGGUGGUGGUGGAAGUGAAGGAGGAAGUGGUGGAGGUUGUGGAAGUGGAGGAGGAGGUUAUGGAGGCGGUGGAAGUGGAAGUGGUGGUGGAAGCGGAGGAGGAAGUGGAGGAGGAGGUUAUGGAGAAAGCGGCAAUCAUGGCCAUAAAGGACGAAAAGUUGAGGGAUAUUAAAGAUUUGGUAAUGGAGUCUAUGUUAAACGGAAUAAUGACAAUUGAGUUUAUGUUAAACAAAAUAAAGGUAAACUAUGUGAUUGACAAUGUGAAACUAAAAUCCAAGCUUAAAGAUAUUGUAAUUAGUUCUUUAUUGAAUGUAAGUGUUGCUUUGGAUGCCUUAAAGUAAUGAAAUACUUGGUUUUGCUA